AUGGCCGAGGCCGCAGCCGCCGCCCGGCCGCCGCCGGACCUGGACACCGAUGACUGUCUCCGCGAGUACCGGCACCUCUUCAGCCCCGACAUCUUGGCGGGCCAGGUGGCGUUCAUCACCGGCGGCGGUUCGGGCAUCGGCUUCCGCAUCGCCGAGAUCUUCAUGAGGCAUGGCUGCCGGACGGUCAUUGCAAGCAGGAACCUGCAGCGAGUGUCAGAGGCCUCAAAAAAACUGGUGGCAGCCACAGGCCAGCAGUGCCUGCCCCUGUCCGUAGAUGUCAGGCAGCCCCAAACCAUUGUGGCAGCAGUGGAUGAGGCACUGAAAGAGUUCAAGCGAAUUGACAUCCUCAUUAAUGGUGCUGCAGGAAACUUUCUGUGCCCAGCCAGUGCCCUCUCCUUCAAUGCCUUCAAGACAGUGAUAGAUAUCGACACCCUUGGCACCUUCAACACCUCCAAAGUCCUCUUUGAGAAAUAUUUCCGGGACCAUGGUGGGGUCAUCGUUAACAUCACGGCAACCCUGAGCUACCGAGGGCAGGCCCUCCAGGUGCAUGCUGGUACUGCUAAGGCUGCCAUAGAUGCCAUGACCCGUCACCUUGCUGUGGAGUGGGGACCCAACAACAUCCGAGUGAACAGCUUGGCACCAGGCCCCAUUACAGGCACCGAGGGCUACCGGCGGCUGGGUGGGAAAUUUGCCGAGGAAGCAAGUCAGUUCGACACCAUCCCCCUCCAGCGCGCAGGGAACAAGACAGAGAUCGCCCACAGCACACUGUACCUGGCGAGCCCCCUCUCCUCCUACGUGACGGGCACCACCCUGGUCGUGGAUGGCGGGAGCUGGCUGACCUCUGCCAACAACUUCCCCGCCUUGCUGGGUAUUGCUUCAUCCUCUGCUAAACUCUAGAUUUCUGGGCUGCAGGAACAAACAAAAAUCAAUGAUGGACAGCCUGGGAUUGACCGAUGGACAGAAACGUGACCGAACGCUGCUGCUCUGGGACAUCUCGGGGCGACGUCUCCCAGAGUCGGAGCUGAUAGCUGCCGCCUCCGAUCAGCCACUGGUGGUGGUGAUGCUGCCGAUCCCACGUCCACCUGGGGGAGGGAGCACUGGGGGUGCAGGGUGGGAGCAAGCCACCCCACCCCCCAAGUCUGUGCCAUGACUUCCUUCUGCACCGGUGUGGCUGAGGGCACAGGGACAGCGCAGGGCUGUGAUGUUCACUGUCCAUUUGUGUCUCCCUCUGUGUUGUUCUCCCGGCCUUUCCUGAGUCCAAGGCAGUGCUGCCCAUGGAUACCAUCCUCUUCCUCCUCUCUUACCCAUCUCAGCCUGAGAGCUGCCCAAACCCCCCAGCAGCAGCUCCUUUUUGGUAGCAGGGAGUAGUUAAGCUCCUCUGGGGUUGAUAUCAGCCUUCAUGCUGGGGCCAGCUCUGCCCUGGCAGCUCUUGGAAGGGAAACAAGGGCCAAGCUGGCCCCUGGCAGGGGAAAUGGUCCUGUACCCUCCCGGGGGGACUGGCAUGGGACAGCAGUGCCCAGGGGCCGAGGCAGAUGCAUCUGGGAUGUCGUUCGAGGUCACAUCCCACCAGAGCUGGCGCUCUGCUGCGGGGCCAUAGCCCUGGAUCUGCUGAGAGCCUGAGAUGUCCAGUUGUCUGUCCAGCACCCAUCUGUCUGUCACACCAGUCUCAUGCUGUCUUUUGUAUGGACACUACAGCUGAGGGUAAAUCAAGGGCUAGCUGAAAUUCAGUCUUUCCCAAGCAGGGUCCUGAGCAGAGGGGCUGCAGGGUCUGCACUGGCUCUGCCCAGCGCUGCUGGAGCCAAGCCCAUCCUCAGGGACACCCACUGCUCACCUGCAGCAGCCUCCUGCUGCUGGUGGCACUUUUAAGUUUAUCCUGAAUUCCAUGAAGCUUGUUUUCCUUCCUGAUUGCAUUUCCUCCUUGAUUGUAGGCUUGACAGGUUUUGUUCCUUGCUCCGGGCCACAAAUAAAGAACUGCCACCCUGA